AUGGCACCACUUCAACGAAAACUCACAAAACUUUUCACCAAAUAUCCAAUCGAUCACUCUCGUCAAAUGCAUUUUGAAAACGGUAUUGAACAAUUAUUCAAUGAAUCACUUCUUCAACCUAUGCCUUCUGUACUUGAAGAACGUGCACUCUAUGAAAAACAGCUCAUUCUAUCAAUUCGAUAUCAAUUGAAAAAAGAUCAAUUGAUUCCACGACGAACUGCUGAUGAGAUGAACACAUAUUAUCUUGGUCAAUUGAAUGAAUUUAAUCAAAAAUCAAAUGAAUAUAUUCAGAAUUCAACUUGUUACGAACUGAUUGAAACAAUUAAUGAAAUUAAUACAGAACAACAACAAUUAGAAGAAAUUAUUCAAUCUAUUGAUUUACAGUUAAAAAUAUUAUAUCAAAGAAAUUUGAUUACAGAAGAUCAUUUAAACAGAUUAAGUAUUGGUAAAAAAACAAAUAUCAAUCUUCCAUAUCUUUAUUUCUUACCAGAAACGAAUGAAAAUGUUCAUAUGUCAGUACAACCACGACUAUCGUCAUGUCAUCAUUGUCCAAUAUAUAUUCUAGCUACUUAUCUUAAUCAACUUCUUCGACCAUUAUUUGAUAAUUUUUCACGAUCAACAACAUUUCUUAAUGGUGGUGAUUUUAUACAAAAACUACAAUAUCAUUGUGUAGAACUAGGUCUUCUUAUACCGGAAAUAUAUUUUGCAACAUUUAAAAUUCAUGUUUUAUAUACGAAGAUAUCACAUUCGUCUCUUCUUGAAGCAUUAAAUAUAUUUCUAGUGAAUCCACUUGUCAAAGGUCGACAUCAAAAAUUAUCAAGUGAUGCUAUUCAACAAUUAACUGCAAUAGUCUUACGAAAUAAUAUUUUCUCUUACAAUGUAGAAAUCUAUCGAUUUAUUAAAGGAGGCCCAUUAAAUUUACCAUUAAUAGAAUUAUUAUGUCAUAUUUAUAUACAUCAUUGGCAAUAUUCAUUAGCUACACAUAUCUGUUUGCAAGAUGCAUUCUAUGAUCGAUAUAAAGAUACAGGUUUUUUAACAUGGAAUGGCCCGAUUCAUCACUUGCAAACAUUAUUCAAUGAACUUGAACGAGAACUAGAUUCGAAUCUUCAAAUGAUAACAUUUAUUAGUAGUGAUGUUCAUUUUCUUCAUGCUGCUAUUGAAAAUCAAAAAGGAUCUUUACGUACUCAUGCGUAUCAUGAUUUAACAAUUCAACCAUUUUUAUUACCUUAUGAGCAUAGUCAUCCACGAUUAUUUCAUCGACAAUGGUUUCGAGCUGCUCUUAUACGUACUGAUCAAUAUUGUAGUUCGUUCGAAGAUUUUGAAGAUGAACGACUUUAUAUUGAACUAACAUUUCUGGCUAAUGGAUAUUCAUUAGAUUUUAUCAAGUAUCAUAUCAAACGAUUCUUGACAAGAUUUAAUCCAAAUGAACAAAAACCAAUGAAUCUCAACCGAUAUACAUAUCUUUCAUUCCGUAAUGAAUUAUUUCGUUGUAUCGAUCAACAAAAACGUGAUCUAUUAGAAGAACAACAACUACAAAAGAAUCAUCAAUUAAUUCAAUUAUAUUAUCUUUUCGAUUGGGGUUCAAGAUGUCAAUUCAAUCAAAAGUUUUAUCAAUAUUGGUCUACAAUUAUCGAGCAAGAUCCAGAGUUAAAAAAAUAUAGAUUGAAAAUCAAACUUAAUACUAAACAUUGCUAUUCAUCGAAUACUCUCUUGGCUCGAUCUAAUACUACAUAUCUAUGA